AUGGACGACUUGAUAGCCAACUCCCUUUUCAUGCAGCAGCGCCCGGCGGCGGCGCUACAAGUAGGAACCUGUCAAGGGGUCCACACGACGCCGGAGUCGGGGAAGUGGAAACGACGCGGCAGCGUUGCGCUACUUGCAUCUUCUCCCCCUUCGGCCGUGCAUGCCCCCCAGGAACAAGGUCGCGGAGGGAAGAACGCAUCGGACCCGCCACAGACGCCCCACAGCAUGCCCCGGCCCUCUAGCAGCAGCGGAGGCCUCUUUGGCAGGAAAAGCACAAUCUUUGGCCGUCGACAGAAGGCUGACACAGACGCGCAAACGACAACGACAACGACAGCGACAGCGACAGCAACAACGACGGCUUCACCCCCGGAUCAGUCAGAAACCAGCACCACCUCCUCACACCGCCGCCGCACCGCUUCCUCUCGCCACUCAAUAUCUUCCUCCGUCACAGACAUUGGGGCAAGCUUACGAAGAUCCACAUCCUUGCGCUCCUCGUCCAACGCUUCCUCCCUGAAGCUCACAUCGCCCUCCACCACAACCCUGGCGACGAUAUCCUACUCCCCCGAAAAGGGCGCCACCGCCGCCAAUGCCUCAAAGCCAACCCUUUCCGUGUCGACAUUCACAAGAAGACAGAGGUCGUCGGACAAUGUCCAGAAGGAGGCCAGUCUCUUCUCCAAGUCCCCUCUAUCGGCGUCGGAUCCGAAGGCCACAGUCGGCAUGACAGCCGUGCCAUUGAGACACGCCCACCAGUCCGGACGGCUGCCAGGAACAGCACAGUCGAACAUCAGCUUUACCCAGAGCAAUGGCAGUCUGGGUCCACCAGCGCCAGUCCUUCCCUCCGCAAACUCACCCAACCCUUACGCUGUCUUCCAGCACAUCCACGACACGGCGUCGAAGCGCAUCGCGACACUAGACUACCUCCGCAAAGUACACGAAGGCCACACGUACUACCUCAACACCCUCCACCUCCCCCCCUCAACCCUACACACCCUCCCCACAUACACGCCCCGCAAGCUCGCCAAGCGCGCAACCCACUACCUGCACCUCGGCUUCUCGCUCCCGACCGUGCUCGACCUAAACUCCGCCUCGGCAACCGAGUACCUCCGCGCGCUAAACGCGCUGCUACUCGAAUACGAAACCUACCAAAGCAUCCACGGCGCCGACGGACAAGCCAGCUCGCUCUCGCGCGGAAAAGUCGCCGGCAUGUUCAAGCGCGCGACGCACGCCGCCGCCUCCACGAAGGCACGGCGGACGAGCUCGGCGGCGGAUGCUUUCCAUCCCCAGGGCAGCAGCGGGGAGGCGGCGGAUGCGAGCAGGCCGUCGACUGGUAGCCUAGGCGGGCCCGGCGCGGGCCCGGCAUCCACGACGGCGUCGUUCGCGUCCGCGCUGCCGAGCGGAGAGGACGAGCUGCUGCCGGGCGAGGAGUACAGCUUCCUGCUGACGCCGAGCCUGCCGUUCGAGCCGGACUUCUUCGAGACGUUCGCCACGCUGUGCGAUGUCUUGAUUGAUUGCUACACGCGUAUCCUGCAGCUGCUGCCCACGCCUGAGGCGCUGGCCGAGGAGGGGAGGAGGGCUGGCGGUGGUGGUGGCGGGAUUGCUGGCGGAGGCGGAGGUGCCGUGGGCGAUUUGUUCGCGAAGGCGGAUGCGAGGAUUAGGAAGACGAUCGUUGCGGGGAUUGUGAGGGAGUUUGAGGGCGCGAGUAGGGAGGGGAUUAGGGUUGAGGUGGCGAGUGUGGGGAAGGUGGUGCUUGGGGGACUCGUUUGA